AUGAUGAUACUAAAUUACGUAUAUUUCGUAGCUUCUUUGCUGAGCGUUCUAUACGGAAUCCAACUGAGUGAUGGGCAGUUAAUAUAUCAAAACUUUUAUGAUCUAGCUCCCACUCCCUUGCCAUUCCCAGCAUGCAGAGCAAACGAUAUAACUUGUCUUCGACGUGGCUUACGCACUUUCUUCUUCCUCAUGGACUCUGGACACAUGGGCAUGCGGCCCAUCGAUCCAGCUCAAAUAAACAGCGUUGUGGUGGCAAUGCCUGAACAACAGGUGACACUCCUUCUUAGAAACGUCAACGUUACCGGCGCGAGGUGGACAAAAUUAGCUGAAAGGAGAUUCAAUCUGGCGGGCGGUAAAAGUGGAGUUAGAUUCCUCAGCGAUCUUCAUAUUACGGGCGAACUGACAAUGAACAUGGCUGAAAAUAUAAACCCCUUCAUGGCUUAUAUAACAAUGGAUAUGCAGGAUGUGGAGAGUAACAUAACGUACACCUGGACCGGGCAACGCACCUACAGUAACGACGACUACAUAAUCAUCGGGCCGGCUAGAAUAGCCGUGAGAAAUACGAGAAUACCAACAUUUUUCUUGCAACCGGAUAAUGAGGAUUCGAAUAUCAUUGAUCAAGUGCUUCAAGCAAGGCCAUCUAUAUUGGAUCAUUUGUCUAAUGAAGUUGUGACAGCUUUAAUGCAUGCUUCAGAAAACAAUUGUUCUGCAGAGGAAUACAACCUUUUUGGAGAAGCGGGCCAAGCUUAUGCUAUUGAAAUACAAAUUGGGCAUCCUUACCAAAAGUUAAAUGUGAUUGUUGAUACGGGAAGUGCUACAUUAGCAAUUGCUUCAUAUCCAAGACCUGAUAAUGACCAAUAUUUUUAUGCUGACAACUCAUCUAGCAUUUAUGAAAGUGGGCAAGAGGUUCAAGCCAAGUAUUCCCAAGGUAUGUGGGUCGGAAAACUUGUAUCUGACUAUGUUUCCUUCCCUUCACUGUCCACUGUAAAAGAAGUAAGAAGUGAUAUUGCUCUCAUUACGAAAAGUCACAAUUUUUUUAUGAAUGGAUCUGGAUGGCAGACGAACCGC